CAUGACCCCAUGGACAGAGCAGACCGCUGCAUGGCUCAAGUUAUCACCCAGGGGGGCCAUUAUACACAGUCAGUGUAUCUAACCUGAUAAACUAAAACAAACAUAACAGUGGGACAAAAAUGAUGCAACACAGUGAAGCAGCUGCAGGAGGACCACAAUAUGGACAGAGGAUGAUUUUUACAGGCCCAGAUGGAAUUGGAGACUACAGACCGAGAUCAAAUUAUUUCCCCCGGUACAUCGGUGCCGGCGCCUCAUCACCUGAGGCCACAGGUGACCUCAGCUACUUGUGCCGAGCUGCACCGCACGCUGCCCCUCCCAUGCCCAAGCAGAGCUGUGUGGGGGAGGUUGGCUGGGGGUGGCAGCAUAACCAGCUGUUGAACAGUGGGACGCUGCUCAGCAACAUGCAAAUUAAGAAAACGGAGUUACGGACAGCGUUGGAGGACAGAGUGACUCACAGGUUCCAGAGUGAACAGUGAAACAGCAUUUGUAAUCCUCACAUUGGAUGCGUUGAAUCCCUCAGAAUCA